AUGGAGAAGCGCGGGCGCGGCGGGAAGCUGUCCUUGACGACGCAGGCCGCGCCGGCCCCGGCCGCGCCGAAGAAGGAGCGGAGGCUGAGCAUGUUCGAGAAGGAGUCCUAUGCACAAAUUUUAAAAGAAAGGCUAAGAGAAUCCUUUCAUGAUGUUCAGUACGUGGAGCCUCCUUUUGAUGACUCAAUUGCUGAUAUAGGUAAAGAAUGGAAGAGUGCCCUGGCCAAGCUAAAGUUCGCAAAUUCAUAUAGAAUGGAACCACUGAAAAAAUUUCAAGCUCAUUCGGUAGAAAUUAAAACCCAGCAGAUAUUAGAGGCUAUUCUUAAAGACGUCAGAUAUGAUGAAAAGCUCUUCUCUCAUUUGUCACUUGAGUUAGCAGAUCGUGUAUUGUCAGCAGUCAAAGAAUUUGGGUUCCACCGUUACAAGUUCAUUAUUAAGAUAUUAUUAAUUCAAAAGACUGGUCAGGCAAUAAAUAUUGCCAGCAGAUGGAUAUGGGAUGUUGCAUGGGAUAGCUGGGUUGCCGCUAAACAUGAAACUGAAGGUUACGUGGCAUUGGUCUUGGUAUUUGCUGUUUAUUGUGAAUAG